UAUCCCAUAUCCAUCCAUCUCCAUUUUCCGCCUUCGAGGGGUCAGAAAAGGUUGAACGAGCUAGAGCUCGCUAGCGGCGGGCCGGCAGCCAGGAGAGAGGCAAUCGUCAGUCGUCAGUCGGGAAGGUUAUCUGAUCUGAUGGGGAACUGCGCGGCGUCGCGGCACGCCGGGGAGUCGUGGGCCGACGACGGCGAGUGGGAGGAGGCGUCGUCCACGUCCGAGGACGGCGACCACCACCACCACAACCACCAUGACGCGUCGGAGGAGCACUUGUCGGAGGUGACGAUCAGGAUCACCAAGAGGCAGCUGCACGAGCUGAUGGAGAGGAAGACGCCCGGCGGCCGGGGUAGCAGUACCCGGCAGCUGCUGGCGGACAUCAUGGACUCCGGGGAGGUGCACCACCAUGACGUGCACCGGGAGGAGCACUGGAGGCCCGCGCUGCAGAGCAUUCCGGAGGCCGUCGAGUCGUGACGACACUUGGUGGUGGCUACGUACGUACUUACGUACGCUGCCCCUGCCGAGCUCUGUGUGCGGAACAAAUUAAAGUUGCCAUUUCCCUCCUAGCCUCCUUUUUCUUUUCUCGUUCCCACAGUGUGUUCUCUCAUGUCCUUGAAUGGUUAUCCAUGGCCAUGCAUGUACAAAGAUUGGAUUUGGAUAGUUCGUUCAAAUUGUCACUGAUGUAAGUACUUGAGAUGUACGUCUAGGGAAACACGUAACAAAUUGUCGCUGAUGUACAUAGGAUGUAGAUGUAGGGAAAUACGUAUAAAAA